UUGUGUCAGUGAGCAGACAGAGCGCCACACGGAAUUGAUUCAGUGAGCAGACAGAACGCCACACGGAAUUGGGUCAGUGAGCAGACAGAGCGCCACACGGAAUUGUGUCAGUGAGCAGACAGAGCGCCACACGGAAUUGAUUCAGUGAGCAGACAGAGCGCCACACGGAAUUGAGUCAGUGAGCGCGCCUGUCUGUGUGGCGGGAGCGGCACUGCAGAGGAUAUACACAGGCUGCGUGUUGUUUUUCCUUCAGCGCGCCAACACCCCGGGAGAAGCCACAACAAAUAGUCAAAACAAAUACGUUUUAGACAGUUAUUAUAGUAAUAUAAGGGCAUCGCAUUUUUUUGCAUACGCAAGAAAGAUGAGUCACGAAUGAGGUCUGCAGGAUGUCGUUCAAGAAGGAGACGCCCCUUGCUAACGCCGUGUUUUGGGCAGCUCGUAAGGGGAACUUGGCCCUGCUUCAAUUACUGCUCAACAGUGGUCGUGUGGAUGYCGACUGCAGAGACAGUUUUGGCACCACAGCCCUGAUGGUGGCCUCCUACAGCGGCCACUAUGACUGUGCCAGGGAGCUGAUCAUGCAGGGAACUGACAUUAACCUGCAGAGAGAGACAGGCUCCACUGCCCUCUUCUUUGCUUCCCAGCAGGGACACAAUGAAGUAGUGAAGCUCCUCUUUGAAUUUGGUGGCUCAACUGAAUUCCAGACAAAGGACGGUGGCACAGCCCUCUCUGCAGCCUGUCAGUAUGGCCACUCUAAGGUGGUGGACACUCUGCUGAAGAACGGAGCCAAUGUCCAUGAUCAGCUGCAUGAUGGUGCCACUCCACUCUUCCUUGCUUCCCAGGAGGGUCAUGUGACUGUCAUACGUCAACUUCUGUCAUCUGGAGCCAAAGUUAACCACCCUAGGGAAGAUGGCACAGCCCCCCUGUGGAUGGCAGCCCAGAUGGGACACAGUGAAGUAGUUAAGGUUUUACUUCUGCGUGGUGYAGAUCGGGAUGCUGACAGAAAAGACGGGUCAACUCCAUUAUUCAAGGCAGCUUUCAAAGGACACAACACUGUCAUUGAUGAGCUCCUCAAGUUCUCCCCUUCAUUGGGCCUUCUCAAGAAUGGUUCCACAGCCCUCCACGCUGCUGUCAUGGGUGGCAAUCAUAAAAGUGUAAACCUUCUGCUGGGGGCCAAUGCAGACCCCACACUACCCAACAAGAACAAUGAACUGCCAGCACAUCUUACAAAGAGCAAUCGCAUCCUGAGGGCUCUGCGACCGCAAAUCUUAAAUGGAAGUAGUUGAUGACAACCCUAGUUGUCCAUGGUUAGACCAUGACUGCAAACCUUAGACUAUGGUUGUUUUAUGGAGAGAAAUGCACUGAGGGCUCUGAACAACAGAGAACAAACCAACAGGWUUCAGUCACACAACAAUAAUAUUAAUAUGGUGCUUGUUUUCAAUUGCAGCUUCAGACAAUGUUAUUUGGAGUAACCAUAAUUGGAUGAAGCUAAAAGGAUGGUUAUAUAUGUAGCCUACUACAAAAAUGCAUCCGUUUGUGGCAAUAGUUAUUUUGCCAUGUGUGCCCUUACCUUUGAGGUGUUGUUAUAACUUUGCUGUAUAGUUUCUGUUUAUAAAACGUUUUAUCCCURGUGCUGUAAUAUUUCUAAAUAUUUAGCUUUUUUUUCUGCCAUUUUAAUAAAUGUAAACUGUAAAUUUGUUCAAUAAAAUAGGAAUGUGAAAUAACUGUCA